GUGCGCUGGGCCCGAAGCUCGGCAACGUGGCCGCCACCGUGGGCCUCCUGGCGCUGCUCGUCUUGGCACACAGCACUGGGCUGCUCGAUCUGCUGGGCUCCGCCGACCCGCCUGGCCAGCAGGAGCUGCUGCUGAGGGCCGAGGAGGCCUUCCGGGAGCGGCGAUGGCGGCAGGCCGAGGACCAUGCCCGCCAGGCCAUGGAGCGGGACGCCUCCUGCGCGCGCGCCUGGGAGCUGCUGGCGGCCGCCCUGCGGCAGGAGGAGCGGUACGAGGCAGCCGCGGACACCGUGCGCAGGGCGCAGGAGCUCUACGACGUCGAUAGCGAGGAGCUGAUCCGCCUGGCGCGCGAGCUCGCGCUGACGCUCAAGACCGUGGAGGAUCUCGUGGAGGAGGCGGAGCGGUGUCUCGAGCACGGGAACUACGCGCGGCUUCGCGAGCUCUCCACGGAGGCCACCCUGAAGGACCCGCGCUGCGCCCGAGCCUGGGAGCUGAUCGCGCUGGCCCUGAAGGCGGAGGGCAGGCGCUGGGAGGCCGUCGCCACCGUCCGCGAGCGCCGCGCUGCGGGCGCGGCGGAUCUGGCGGCGCCGGGGCCCGGCGUCGUCGUGCAGCAGCACGUGGAGGUCCACGUGCACGUCGGCAGUGGCGUGGACGCAGCGCAGGCUGCCGUCGCGGCCGCCGCCGACGCCUCGCGCGCGGCCUUCGCGGCGCCGGGCGCGGACAUCCCUUGCGGGGCCGGCGCAGCGCCGGCCAAGGAGGCGCCCGCAUCGGGCGCGGCGGCCCCGGCGGCGAAGCGCGCUGCCCGACCGGCUCCUCCGCGGGCCGCGCGGACCGAGCGCUGGGCCUACGCGGUGUGGCAGCACCCGCUGCGGCCGGAGCUGCGCGGGGUGCACUGCGGAGGCGGCGAGGCGUGGCGGGCGCUGGCGAAGACGCUGCCUGGAGGCCGCUACUCGUACGCCUCAGGCGUGCGUCUGCGGCGCUUCGCCGACGAGGCCGAGGCAGUCGCCGGCUACGAGCGCGAGGCGGCCCGGCACGGAGCCCCGUCGCCGGCGCCGCUCUUCGACGCGCUCGAGCCCCGACGCUCGGCCUGA